AUGUCGAUCCACAUGCGCUCCCAACUUCUAUUCAUUCGUCCGCAGUCGCUUCAGCUCGGUUCAAGCGCUGUGUCGGCGGGUAAGAAACUGCAGCGACGCUCCCAGACGCUUGGCCUGCGUGUUUCAGCACGAUCUCCUCUUUGCAGGCCACAUUCCGUUGUAGCAGGUGUUGCUUUGAGCACUUCCAUGUCGUUGUUGCUCCAUGAGUCGGCUCUGUGCCAGGGCACGAUUACGCUCGCAGCUGCGGAGGGACCGACAGGCAGUGAUGGCCCAAACAAAAAGAACAGUGAUUCGGUGGAGAAGAUCAUUGAUGUGGCACUGGGCAGCUGCGGUGAAGUCACGAUGGCUGGCAGUCUGGGAUUCUGUUCAGGUUACGCACUGAAGCAGGCGGGCAAGGCCGCGGCGAUGGCGGUGGGUCUCAUAUUUGUCUUAGCACAAGCGGCAGCUUACAAUGGGUAUGUCGACAUCAAGUGGGGAAAGGUGCAGAAGGACAUGAUCGGUAAGGUUGACCCCAACGGAGAUGGCAAGUUUGACAGCCAAGAUGUCAAGCUGUGGUAUCAGAAACUGCUCAAGAUUAUAAAGACCAACCUGCCGUCGUCUACGGGCUUCACCAGUGGCUUCGCGCUCGGUAUCUACUGUUCGUAG